AUGUCUUCCGUACUGCAGAACCCCGAAGAGACGCACAUCUUCGCCAUUCUUUACCCUGCCCCCGGCAAAUUGCAAAGGCUCAAAGAGUUGAUGGCGGACCACAUCAACGCCACGCACAAGAAUGAGGAUUACACCCCGCGGUACCUGAUGACCGAGCAACUCGACACGGACGAGCCGGCGUUGCACAUGUUUGAGACAUACACCAGUAGAGACGGUGCGGACAAGCAUACGAAGACGGAGAACUUCAAGGCGCUCAUGGAGGCGGCGGAGAAGGAGAAGGUCAUGGGCAAAGCGCCGUACUUGGUCUUUACCAAGACCGUGGGAGGCUACGACUGGGAUCGGAAGAAGUUGUAG